AAAUAACGACCUAUCUUCCUUUGUACCACAAACUUCAAAACCACAAGAGAAGGGAAAAAGAAAAGAAAAGGAAAGAAAAGAAAAGAAAAAGGGAAAUAAUGUCACUGAGAAUGUGGGCAUCUUCAACCGCAAAUGCACUUAGAAUUGCUUCUGGAUCCAAAGCCAGUCUUUCUCCGACGUUUUCCAUCUCUAGAUGCUUCUCUACUGUUUUAGAUGGGUUGAAGUAUUGUUCCUCCCAUGAAUGGGUGAAGCAUGAAGGCUCAGUGGCUACAGUUGGCAUCACAGACCAUGCUCAGCACCAUCUUGGAGAGGUUGUGUUUGUGGAGCUGCCGGAAGCUGGUGGUUCGAUUUCCAAAGGUGGCAGCUUCGGAGCCGUGGAGAGUGUGAAAGCAACCAGUGAUGUUAACUCCCCUGUUUCAGGCGAGAUUGUCGAGGUCAAUACAAAGCUAAGUGAAUCACCUGGUCUGAUCAAUUCAAGCCCAUAUGAGGAGGGAUGGUUGAUCAGGGUCCGUCCGAGCAGCCCAUCAGAAUUGGAUUCCUUAAUGGGUUCGAAGGAAUAUACGAAAUUCUGCGAGGAGGAAGAUGCUGCUCAUUAGGCAGGAAUAUGUUCUAGAGGUUCUAGUCACACUAACUGGUUUUGGGCCUCUCCCUAUGUUGAAAAUCUCAGCCAAUUGAGACUGUAAGGAUUACUGAGUAUUUCCUUGCUUAAAUUAAAAUGUCAGUCAAUCCUUCUUUUCUUUUGUUUUUCUCAGUUACUGCCCUCCUCGCCCUCACUCCUUUUGUUUUGGAUAGCAGAAGCUUCAAGUGUAAUAAAUAACUACUACAAAUCUGUUCACCUUCAUGUAAUUAAAGUCACAUCUCUCUCUCUCUCUC